UGUGACUAGGAUCAUAAAUCUGAAAUUAAGUACAUUUAAAAAAAUUAUUAUUAUUAAGCCCCUCGCCCUCAACCAAUAAUUGAAGAACGUAAGCCAACACCAACAAAAACACCACCGAAGAAACCAACUCCAAAGCCUUCACCGUCCCCAAAAAUCUUACCAUCUCCAGUGGAAGAGAUGGAUAUUCCUGCCCCAAUCCCAAUCCAUGCAGUUGAGAGAGAACUUCGAGGUUCACGUCAAUCUUUGGCUACUGUACUCAGUCGUCGUUCUGAAAGCCCGCAAAGGGCACAACACGCGUUUUAUAGGCCCUUGACUAGCGAUCCACUCGAAGAAAUUGACAUUUCAAUGCCUAUACCCAUAGACACACGUACAGGAGAUGCUCGUCAUCUACUUGGAGAGGCCGAGCAUCCACUGGAGAAAGUAGUAGAAACGCCUGAGGCAAAAAGAGCACAGCAUAUGUUUAUUCGACCAGGAUUUGAUAACAUCCCUGCCUAUAAUUGAUAAUGUUUUGGAAGGAUUUUGAUAAGAUUUAGAUGUUAUUUUUAAAAUAAAUUUUUUGUGUGUCAAGUUGAAACUGGGGAAGAAACGAUUUGAAUUUU